GAAAAAUUAUUCAGUUUAUUUUAUCUCUCCAGCUGGGGUGUGAACAGAACGUGGGCUGGGCCAUGGCCUACCCUGUGGCCUACCGGUGGUCAGAUUUUUAAAAACAUAAACAAAACAUCAGUGAGAGUCAAAUGAGUAAAGUGGCAUAAAAUUAUAUCCCUCGUGGGUUUUUGUAUCCCUCUAACAGGAGGAUACUAAAACGUCACUAACUAACAUCAACACUAACAGUCACUAACGCCGUUCAUUACAUGCUUACAUUAGCACUCCAUUAUAUGUUACAAACUGGCAGCCGGUAUGGAUCUUGGAGCCGCCAUUUUGGGUAUUCUCAGCAACCACGUACCUCUCAGGAUGUUAAGACUCAAAUGGAUUGGUCCACAGCGGGACAUGACAGGAGAUAAUGGUUAUGUCUUAUGUAAGAAUUGGUACCUCUUAGGGGGAAAACAAAAUUUCAAACCACGCCCGCAAAACAGGAUCUUGGUACCUCUUAGGGAUUCUUUCCAAAAUUUCCGACGAACGCCCCCGUCUUUUUUCUAUGGGAGUGCCUCCGGUCCCGGGCCCUUCCCCUCCAUCUUAACCUGCCGUUAUGGUUGAUUGCUUGGCUGGGGAAGCUACAAUGUAGAUGUCGAAGACAUAGGGUAGGCCACAGGGAAGGGGAUCUUUCACGCAUUCGCUAGGUCAGCGGUUUUUCAAAAAGAAAGCAACAACAAAACUGGCGCUAGCGAGGCGCUAGCCGUUUGCGCCAACCUAGAGGUGAUUUUACCUGCACUAAUCCCAGGGAAGAGCAGCUCAAGAAAUGGAUGAGUUCUUGACACGAUGUAGGGAAGAAAAAAAUGUCGGACUCGUGCAGAAUGAAAAGGAGUGGCUAAGAAUUUUUUAUUAUGAUGUAGAAAAAUGUAUCCGGCAAAAUGAAAGUGACGCUGAGUUGGCAGAGGUUUGCCUUGCUAUAUUACAUCAGAUCAAAGAGACUCGAAGCAGGGAUGAUAAAAUGGCGUCAUCCCUUUGGCUUCCUUUUGAUCAUCAAGUUAUGCCACUUAGUACAUUAUUCACUACAAGCAAGGAUGUGUUUGGAGGUUCCCUUACUUCAUCACAGGAAGAGCAAAUCCAGGUUUUAGGAUACAGUCCUACUUGCAAGAUGCCUUUUAUUCUCUUAGGAUAUUUAACACUCCAUCCCAAGUCAGUAAAACCAAUCACAGCUACAGGGACCCUGUACAUCGAGGACAACUCUGCAGCAGUUGUUUGUGAGAUUAUAAAUCCUGACAGACAUUGCCUAGAGAAGCUAGUAUUAGUUCCUGAGUGGAGUUAUGUUCCUGUGUCUUCUUCAACUGCCAAACCUACAAAAAAUGAUUCAAAGGAUGGCCAUAAUGGUUAUAUUGAGAUCAAGACAUGGGUACCAAUUCUCGUUACAAAAAGAAGUACAGAUGACAAGAAACUGCUUUCAUGGGACAUCUUGACCAUCAAAGAACUUCAGCAAGAUAGAAGCUCAACCGUCAACUUAAAUAUUAGGGGAAAUAUUUUUGCCCUGAGCCCAGUUCAUAGCAUGCCCAGUGUUGGAAAGCCUUUCUUUUUAGUCAAACUAUCUUGUCCAGUGACAAAUCUUACCACCUCAAUUGUGGUUCAGGGAGAGCAGUUUAUGUUCUGGCAUAAUUUCCUGCAAAUUGGUGAACAAUACAUAUUUUAUGACCUGAAAGAAGCAACAAUGAACAAGGGAACAAGAAAUGAACGAAAGGUUCUAGCUACCUCACCUCGCUCAGAUCUCUGUGAAUACAAGUCUGGUAUGCCCACUUCCAAAGCAUCAAAAACUGUGAAACGGCCUUGUGAAGAUGCACCUGAGGUAGAAUCUAAGCGCCCAAGAACUGCUCAGGGACGAGAUGAUCUGAACCACAGAAAGAUUAAUUACAACAUGAAUUUGACAUCAGAUAGCAUGGUGGUUGAGAAAGAAAUCUUGCAAGCUCCAAAACUAAGGCCACUGGUUAAUAUAUCUUACACUGGUGUGAUUACUAAUUGCCUAAAACCCGAAGCUGGAGUAUUUGAACUGGACAAUAAAAUAAGGUAAACAUAUUAAUACUUCAAGUAAAACAAUUCAAA